AAAAAAAACAACCCUAGAUUUCUAAAUUCUAAUUGUUGGCCCAUUUUCGCCUCUUCUUCUUCGAUCACGAGAUCGAGAAUCGUUUCUCUCAAUUAUCUCAAGCUCUAAGAUCUCACUUCUUCUCUCUCAAACUCGACGCCGUUCGUUUUCUCCGUCGAUUAAUCGAGUAUUAUGAAUCAGGAAGCAGCUGAAACAGCGAGAGAGUCACUGGAGCUGGUGUUUCGGAUGUCGAACAUCUUGGAGACAGGUCUUGAUCGACAUACUUUGUCUGUUCUUAUAGCUCUUUGCGAUAUUGGUCUUAACCCUGAGGCUCUCGCUACUCUCGUCAAGGAGCUUCGUAGGGAUUCUGCUACAACAACAACUACGGUUGAUUAAGAAGAUGCCUAAUCAAAUAGUAUCAUUCAUGCUUGUUUUCUAAGUUUCAAUUUCAUUAUGCUAUUGAUGUGUAAAUUAGGGUUGGUAAGGUAAUUGAAUAGAGAGUUUCAGAGACAAAUUGGUAAUAAGUAUUUGAGUCAUCCCCACUCAAUCCUUUUGAGAGGCUUUCUUUAAGUAAAUCACAAAGUUACCCUCAUAUUCUUGAUU